AUGAGGUCCCGGCUUCUGCUCUCUGUGGCCCGUCUGCCCACAAUCUGGGAGAGCUGGGAGGAGAUGCUGCCUGGGGGGCCCAGGCAGGAACCCCCCGCUUCCUCCAGCACGGAUGACUACAUGAGGUCCAUCUGUCAGCUGGUGCAGCCCACCUCAGUGUUGGACGAGGCCGCAGCCCGGGACCGACCCAGCAGACCCCGCCGGUCAGCACGGGCCUGCGCAAAGAGCUGCCCCACCCGGUCCCUACAGGACGUCACCACUCACUUCAGCAGCCAGCAGCCCCCGCCGCCUGGGACCAGCGCUGAUGACCCCCUGGACUGGCUCUUCGGGCAGUCCCAGGAAAAGCAGCCAAGAUGCAGGGGCCUGCCAAGGAGGACCGGCCCCUCUGCAGACCGCUGGGGUCUUCACAGACAGAUGGAGAGCAGCACGGCCCAGGGGGGCCCCAAAGGGAAGCUCUGUGACGCCCGGACACCAGGGCACUGUCUGGUGAGACCGUUAAGGGACCGGCACCAGAGCUCCUGGGCUUCCUGGAGACCCACCCAGGCCGCAGCCUCCCCGCCAAGCUCCCGCCCCAGCAGUGUUCUCAGAACUUUGUAUUUGCACCUCCCGGUGAUCCAUGAACUCUGA